GGGGCGCGCAGCCGGCGAACCGCGGAAAGGCUCGUCGCUGGGCGAGUGAGGAAUCUUGAUCCUUGCGGGCCACCAUCCCGGAAGUGGGAUUUAGAGGAAGCAAGUACUAGGGUUGCUGGGGAAUCUUAAAUUCUGGAGAUUCUAGGUGCGGGUUCGCAGAACUCUGCUGUGGCCUGUGUUGGCCAGGACGGACUCAGAGGCUUUUAGUCACUUCAUCUGGAGGCGUCAGCUUCUCUGCUGAGCCGCACCUGUUCGUGGUGGGGCAGAAGGCAGCUCGGAUGAAUGAAACUCGGGCUUCUGUUAAGAACCCAUCUGAGAAAGCCGGUCUGCGCUCUUCUCCGUGGCGGCCUUAGGGGUGCACUGAUGCACUAGCGGCUUAUCAUGGCUCAGCGAGCAGUGUGGCUCAUAAGCCACGAACCCGGAACUCCCCUUUGUGGCACGGUCAGAUUCUCCAGACGGUAUCCAACUGUUGAAAAACGAGCCAAAGUCUUCAAUGGAACAAGUUAUGUGCCUAUUCCUGAAGAUGGUCCCUUUCUUAAAUCAUUACUCUUCGAGCUUAGAUUAUUGGAUGAAGAUAAGGACUUCAUGGAGAGUCGUGAUAGCUGUUCUCGCAUCAAUAAAACGUCUGUGUAUGGACUUAAAGUAGGAGGUGAAGAACUCUGGCCAGUUGUUGCUUUUCUGAAGAAUGGCAUAGUAUAUGCUUGUGUUCCACUAGUUGAACAAACUUUAUCCCCUCGUCCAGCACUAAUUAGCAUUAGUGCAAUUUCACAAGGCUUUGAACUUCUUUUUGGGAUACAGGAUUUUCUUUACUCAAGUCAAAAAAUGGAUACUGAGCUAAAUACAAAACUGAGCCAAUUGCCUGACUUGCUUCUACAGGCUUGCCCCUUUGGAACUUUAUUAGAUGCCAACUUACAGAAUUCAUUGGAUAGUAUCAAUUUUGCUUCUGUGACUCAUCCACAAAAGCAGCCAGCCUGGAAAGCUGGGACAUACAAAGGAAAACCACAAGUUUCUAUUUCUAUCACUGAAAAAGUAAAAUCUAUGCAAUAUGAUAAACAGGAUAUAGCAGAUACAUGGCAAGUAGUUGGAACUGUCACUUGCAAGUGUGAUUUAGAAGGAAUCAUGCCAAAUGUUACCAUCAGUUUGAGUCUCCCUACCAAUGGAUCUCCACUUCAGGAUAUCCUAGUUCAUCCUUGUGUGACUUCUCUUGACUCUGCCAUUCUGACUUCCAGUAGCAUUGAUACAAUGGAUGAUUCUGCAUUCAGUGGACCUUACAAAUUUCCAUUCACUCCACCUUUAGAGUCAUUCAACUUAUGCUACUACACUUCCCAGGUUCCUGUCCCACCAAUUUUGGGCUUUUAUCAAAUAAAAGAGGAAGAAGUACAACUAAAAAUAACAGUUAAUUUAAAACUUCAUGAAAGUGUGAAAAAUAAUUUUGAAUUCUGUGAAGCUCAUAUACCAUUUUAUAAUAGAGGUCCAAUCACACAUGUGGAAUACAAAGUUAGUUUUGGCCAGCUCGAAGUAUUUCGAGAGAAAAGCUUAUUGAUCUGGAUUAUUGGACAGAAGUUCCCAAAAUCAAUGGAAAUUAGUCUUUCUGGAACUGUAACUUUUGGAGCCAAGAGCCAUGACAAGCAGCCAUUUGACCACAUUUGCAUUGGGAGUACAGCAUAUUUAAAGCUUCAUUUUAGGAUCUUAGAUUACACACUUACUGGGUGUUAUGCGGAUCAGCAUUCAGUUCAAGUUUUUGCAUCAGGAAAACCAAAAAUAAGCACACACCGGAAACUAAUUUCUUCUGACUAUUACAUCUGGAAUUCUAAAGCUCCUGCUCCAGUAACAUAUGGAUCAUUAUUACUGUAAUUAUUUCAUGUUUAAACAAGGCUUAUACAAUAGUAA